AUCAUCUGACAUACAAUAUACACUGGUGGAAAUCUCGGAAGUUCGCAGCUAUACGCCCAAUCUGUAAUGAUACCUAUGUCUACAGAUGUAAAUUCGCAGCGGCCAAGACAGAAGUAUCUAGCUCUCAGGUCCCCUAUGGAGAGCGCUUAUCGCGCUCAAAAGAAAAAUGCUAUCGAUGCGUUGCUCCCCUGCGAUUCCUCGCGAAAGACGAAGCUCAAAACACAGCGUCUGGACCACUUGUCUUGCAAUGAAGCAUAUUACGAGGUCGACAAGUCAAAAAUUCGUUUCAUUCCCAGCAUCCGAUUGGUGGGACAAGCGGCAAGACAGCCGCCAAGGGCAACUGACCAGGAUUUCAGAUCUAUAUGUAGGAGCGAUUCCAUCCGGAUUGAGUAUCGAGGCCAAGUACCUUCUCUCAUACUGACACCUCGACUUCAUCAAGUCAUCCAAAACAAGGCAUUUGCCGCCAUGCGCCGUUAUGGAGGGUUUCCCGAUGUCUAUGCAAAAAGCGGCUGGGGGCACAAUCAAGUCGAAAAAGAUUUCGUCAUUUCCGGAAAGCACUGGACGACUGAGGUCAUGAAUCUUUGUCAAAAAAUUAAAUUUUCUCUUAGGCCUAACCUGGACUAUGAUCAAGGCGUUUCCGGGCAGUAUAAUGCAUCCCAUGUAGAAAAGCAGCUGAUUGCGUAUUUCAUAUACAAGCAUUUGUCCCUUCCGAACCAGGUGAACAACGCAAAAGGAUCAGAAUCAAAUUCAGAAUCAGAAGAUAAGCUUGCGAGACUGCUUGGAAAUUUAACUUUGGCAGGAAAGAACGAGCAGGCUGCCAAAGCCAAGUUUAUAGAGCUGUGGAAAUCUCGCCCCCAACAACCCUUGAACCGGGCCCUCAUAUUGGUAUCGCGGCCCGUGUGCAGCGACUGUGAGCGAUUUUUAAAGCACGUAAAAAUUCAUAUGGGUCUGCAAAUCGAAAUUCGGAGUGUUCAAGUACUAUGUUCGUCGACUCGACUGGAAAACAAAGUAUAACCGCAAUAUCAGCACGCGAUAUUGCCGUACGCAAAUCGAAAGGCCUUUAGAUCUAGGGAGCUGGAAUUAGAGACAAGAGUAUAGAAUGGCUUGACUUGGACAUAGUAUCAACGCAUGCACCAG